AUGGUAGGCAACGUGAAAAGUCUUGUCGAUCGGUUGUCCAAGGACUUUUCUGCGAGCAGACCUCCUUUGUCGGUACACGAACCGAAAAAACCUGUUUCGUCGAAGCCAUCGCAGCCCUUACAACAUGUUAUAACAGCAUUCGCUUAUUCAGCGGUGCAAGAUGAUGAAUUAACACUGGAAUUGGGCGAUGUGAUUGAAGUACUGGAAGAAGUCGAGGAUGGUUGGAGUCGUGGUCGUCAAUUGCGCACGAAUAUUAUUGGCAUGUUCCCUACUAACUUCGUGAAACCUGAUGUUCCUCCAUCAAGUACUCUUAUUCGAGAAGACGAUAAGGUAGUAGUUAGGCGCUCUGCAGAUCCUGAUCAACCUGAAGCAAAUCGAAGGACGCCAUCAGCUAUUGGAGGUGUCAAUAUCUUUGGAGGAAAAACAGUUCAUUCUGAGCCGAAGGAUGAACCGAAGACCAAAGAAAUGGCACGGGUAAAGUUCGAAUACGAACCUCAGCACAGUGAUGAAUUGAAGCUAGGAGAGAAUCGGUCAACUGGUUACAAUUAUUCGGAAGGAUUGUGGAGAUGCGGGAUGGUUCCUAUUUCCACUCAGUCAGGGACCAUUUAUCAUCCUCCUCCCACCCAUCUCUCAAAAAUUGUCGCUAAAACUCCUAUGGUGAACCCUCCGGGAAUGGUACCACCUGCGGUACCAGCUAAGCCGUUGAAGCAGAAGUUGUCGGAAAGUUCAACGUCUAUCAACGGUGCUGGUUCUUCUCCUCCAUCUUCCACGACCAACGUGCCCUCCACACCACCAGUAUUACCUUCACAAGUCAAGCAACAAAGUUCUGCUUUUGCAGCGGCUCGGAACCGCAUCUCAAAAGAUCUUAUUGUUGGACAACCGGGACAAGUGUCGUCGAAGUUGACGAAGUCUGUAAUUGUCACUUCUGGUUCUGAGGGUGUAGCGACGAGCAGACCUAUGAGUAGCGUGGAAUCUGAUGAAGCGUCUGAUGAAGUGGUCAGACCGCUAAGCCACGUAACCAAAACUCGAGCUCGUCCUCCUGGAAAGCGACCUGCAAGUAUGAUGCUGAUAAAGAAGAAAGGUGUAAGUCAAUCUUGCAUUCUCUACUGUAGUGUUUUAGUUGAUACUGAGUAUUCAUGUGAUUUGUUUAGUCAAUGGACAAUCUUCUUGAAAGCCCCUCUAAACCGAUGGCUAGUGAACUUCCAGAGAAAAGUUCCUUUACAAGCGCAAUUGGGACCGUCGUUACCAUCACCUAUUACUACUCUUUCGACAAGUCGUGAAUUACAUACUGUGUCUCCUGCUCCAAUUACCCCACCAGCAAAAGUGGUACCCGUCCGACCUCCUCCUGCUGAAAUCAAAUUAGAGGACAAGAAGGAACAUUCGUCCACUAUCAAGCCAUCAGUGCCCCCUCUGACGCAUUAUCCGACAACCUUCUCAACGUCUUCUAGCGUUGAUUCGGAAUGGGUCUCCAGGAAAGAAUAUAAUGAAUUGCUGGCACGCUUAGCAAGCAUGGAAGCUCGCAUUGCUCAACUUGAGAAACGUGCAAUGCCGGUCAGGGUCUGUCAGGAUGAUUCCGAUUACCAAGCUGCAAUGGGAGAAGCUGGAGCGAAACCUGUGGUGGUGGAUUUCUCUGCGGAAUGGUGUGGGCCAUGCAAAAUGAUUGCUCCAGUUUUUGAAAGCCUCUCCAACAAAUAUUUGUCUAUGGUCUUUUUAAAGGUCGACGUCGAUAAGUGUGAAGAAACAGCAGCACAAAACGGCGUUUCGGCAAUGCCAACCUUCAUCGUGUUUGUGAACGGGGCAAAAGUGGAUACCCUUCGAGGUGCAAAUACAUCUGGUUUGGAGGCCAUGGUACAGAAAUGGGCUGAUACACAACCGGCAGGGGACGUUCCUGGACAGUCGGACAUCACGAGCCUGAUUGACAAAAGGCAAAUGGAGUGCCUUAACGGAGACGACAGCACACCGUUAUUAGGUUUGCUGGAAGGUUCGAACGUGCUCAGAUCGGAUUGUGAUGAGCAACUUAUCAUAUCUCUUCCAUUCACUCAGCCGGUUAAAGUUCAUUCCAUUAUGAUAAAGGGUACUGAUGCGAAAACACCGAAAAACGUUCGCAUUUUCUCAAAUCUCCCUAAAACUCUUGACUUUGACGGCGCCUCUUCAGUGGAAGCGGUUCAAGUACUAGAGUUUAGCGAAAAAGCACAGAGUGAGCCUGAGUUGCUGCAGUUGAAGUACGUGAAGUUCCAAAAUGUCAACAAUAUUCAGCUUUUUGUUGAGAAUAAUCUUGGCGGCGGUGAUGUCACUGAAAUUGAGCAGUUGAAGAUUUUUGGUACUCCUCUAAGUGGAGUGAACAUGAGCGAGUUCAAGCGGCCUCUCAAGGCCCUUUCCCUUUUCUUCUGGAAGGAAAACAAGAUGGAUGUUGAGCGUCUCAUGAAGGAUCUAACAGUGGAUCAUCUCCACCAAAUCCAGCAAAACUUGCAGACGGAGAUGGAAGGUAAGAAAGAAGAGCUUCGCGAGAUGGUUGGUCGAAGAUACAGAGACGUUCUUGAGGCUUCCAGCGAGGUGCGAACUGUGCGAGAACUCGCAGAAGCUCUUGCUGAGGCUGUCGCCCAUGCCAGGACAACUCAAAGCGUUGUAGAGCCAAGACCUCUGUCGCGUGAGCAGCAAGUUUCCGUGCAACGUUUCAUCGCUCUGCACAAACUCUUGGCUGUGAUAGGUGAACCAGAUGGUGAUGCACUGAGCGAUGCGUUUGCACUGACAUUAGCUGAACUUCUUCACAAACAGUUAGCGACUGAGCCGUUGUCUACUGCGAAUUUCAUUUCAAAGUUAACAAGUGAAUCAAGUUCACUUCUGAAUGUCGUCACUGAGCUGAAAAAGACGCUUGUUGUUGUUGAACAACUGUUCGCCCAGGGAGAGCUAGUUCGAAUCAUCCAGGCGGCUGCCUGUCCAACUUAUCGGCCAGCUUUGAUUGACUCGCUCAUUUGCGAUGAAGCAUUCACCUUUGGUCGUAUGCUCACCACCGAAUCUGAGAAGGUAACUCGCCAGCUCCGAGACUUUAAAGCAAGCCCCAUUCUCUCGCAGAAGAUCAACUCGAAAUGCACAGAUUGGAUCAAUGAGGUUUACAUUUUUUCUACGUUCAGACCUCUGUCGCGUGAGCAGCAAGUUUCCGUGCAACGUUUCAUCGCCCUGCACAAACUCUUGGCUGUGAUAGGUGAACCAGAUGGAGAUGCACUGAGCGAUGCGUUUGCACUGACAUUAGCUGAACUUCUUCACAAACAGUUAGCGACUGAGCCGUUGUCUACUGCGAAUUUUAUUUCAAAGUUAACUAGUGAAUCAAGUUCACUUCUGAAUGUCGUCACUGAGCUGAAAAAGACGCUUGUUGUUGUCGAACAACUGUUCGCCCAGGGAGAGCUAGUUCGAAUCAUCCAGGCGGCUGCCUGUCCAACUUAUCGGCCAGCUUUGAUUGACUCGCUCAUUUGCGAUGAAGCAUUCACCUUUGGUCGUAUGCUCACCACCGAAUCUGAGAAGGUAACUCGCCAGCUCCGAGACUUUAAAGCAAGCCCCAUUCUCUCGCAGAAGAUCAACUCGAAAUGCACAGAUUGGAUCAAUGAUGUGUGCAGUUUUGCUCGAGAGCCGGUGAUGUCGAUUUGUGAAUUCUAUGACAAAGCAAAUGACAUAAUCGAGUUCCUUCAUGCAAUUUCCGGAGUUCUACGAUCGGGCAUAAUCUCUCGAGACCUACGCGAUUUGGAGGAGCAGCUGAUUAAGCAAUUGAAAUCGAUCAAUACUGCACCUCCUCCUUUGUUUGAGAAGACGUCCAACAAGUUUGAUCCUCUCAUGGGAGUCGGAAUUUCAUCCGCUCUUCAAGAGUACGUUGGUUGUGACAAAUGCAUUUUAGAGCUCAAACCUUUCUUCAUGAGGUUCUAUCUCAGAUCUAUUUCGAAGUUUUACGCCGGCGUACAAAGCGCUCGCGAAUGUUGUGGAAGGUAUGAGCAAGUGGAAUUGGACUCGCAGCCGGAACGAGUCAGAGAGUCAUUGGCCGCGGAGCUGUUCAGUGUCAUCGAAAGGUUGUCCAAGUUGCAUCCCAGCGCCAGCGGUAAUACCUCAUUGGACGAGCUGUCAAGAACUAGACUGUGUCUUGCACUUCUGCACUGCGAUUCUACAUCGUUUUGUCAAGCAAUGAAUAAAGACGGUGAACGCAUUGCUGCUGCCAGUCGUCUUCUCAAUGCUGCUGCAGAGGACUCAUUGAGGUAUGGGAGGUUUGGAUAA